AGUGCUAAACGUUGAAGCGUUAGUUGACAAAAUGCAUGUGGAUCGGAUGCAGAGUAAUCAAUCAGAGUUCUGCUGGGAGAUUCACUGGUGCCUCAUUCCUUUAACCUCUGCAAGUCUGGGUAGCAAGAAGUGUUUUUUUUAUUAAAAUACAGAUUAUUUUUCACAUGGCUAGCUGCUUUAUUAAUGGAGGAGCUGCUGUUGGAUUGGGUGAGGCAGGAAAACCCUGUUCUACCAGUUUGGUUUUGACAAGAACAAAACUCCCUUUUGCAAAAGCUCAUUUGAUCAUACAGCUACUGGGUAGUUAACACUGCUUUAGUGAGAUCACUGAACUCUAGUUCCUGUUCUUAACAUAGUUCUAGUUUCACUGGAACUGCAGACAUUCCCCCACCCCCACCCCUAGGGAUUGGCUAUUCCGGUCAUGUGACCUAGACACAAAACGGGAGCUGUCAAUACAGUGGAGCAGCAGAAGGGAAGAUGACUCUGGGCUGAAAGUUCAGUUCCGGUGGUUUUGAUUUCAUAGGCACAACAAAUGAACACCACAGAAGCGAUGCGGUGUUGUAUUACCUGCACGCUGCUGUAGGUGUCAUUUCCAGUGUUAGUGCAUUCUGCACUGUCGAGUGUUUAACAGCUCCGGACGGUGUCUCCUCCUCUCCAGCGCUGAGAAGAUGGAGCAGGCCUUCGUGCAGCUGCAGGAGCAGUUCUUCAGACUGCGGGCGCUGUGCAUCAGACAAGCAGAGAUGCUGGACAGACUGACAGCCAGGCAGGGCUUCCCAAACGACGCUGGCAUGCCGGUCUCGAUGCCCAUUCAGUGCACCGAAGGAGACCGGAACCGCUCCGAAGGGCCCUUCAGGAAUCGGGAGCCGCUGCCGACGCCGGGCCAGGUGGAGAAGCCCCCCAACCCCGCUGGAGACCACCGCCGGGGCAACUACAACGUCAAAUACCCCCCCGGCACGGACGAUUACGACGUCCUAGCCAACGGGCUGGAAGGGAUGCAGAUCCACUGCCUGGCCAGGAAAACGGGAAACAAAAAAGAUUUUCCGGCUCAUCCUCUUCAUCAUCAUCGUCAUCAUCAUCUGUUAGGUGGUGCUGAUUCUGACCGGAAAACCGCUUCACCGCCCCCUGCUGGCGCCAAUGGGGUACUGCAGGCUGGUCGGCAGACGGGUGUGAAUCAUGUGGCGUGUCCUGGAGGCCUUUAUAGACCAGAGGAGGCAGCUUGUGGUUCAGAAACGGUCUGUAAAAAAGACUGGCUGGAGCCAGAACUGGAGCAGAGAGGCCAUUUCGAGAUGCCGUGGACGCCGGGGUGUCAGCUGGACAGCGAGGCGCUGCAGCUCGGGGGGAUCCUCCUCUCCAACGUCACCCUGAACUCUCAGGUCUGCGAGUUCUGCCAAGCAGUGUUCCCCAGCGAGACCACCACGAGGGGGGAGUACCUGCGGCACAUCACCGCACACAUCACAUAGAGACCUGAGACCUCUACUGCACACAUCACCUAGAGACUAGUACUGCAUGUAUUACCAUGUAGCUGUGUAGAGUGUCUGGAUCUGUCCUGACAUUAAAAGGUGUUUUUUUUUUUUUUUUUUUUUAAUCCCUUUUAAGCAGCUUUCAUUGCAGAAUAUCCUGUCAUCUAACAUGUACUGUCUCGGCACUGAUACCCUGUAGCUGUGCGUGGAGCAGCAUCAUGUCCUCGCUGUCAUUUAAGGAAGCUAAUAAACUAACCCAUUCACUAAAUCUUGCCUGGAAUGCAGUGGUGUUUUUGAAGACCUCGAGAAAGACUUCUAAUCAAAAUGUUUGCAUAGAAUUGUAUCCCUUUUUACUUUUAGAAUGGGCAGAUUACUGCCAGUAGGAUUUCUGCUGGCCCUGCUUGCAGCCAGCAGUAUCAUUCUUUCUAGAACGACAUGUUUCUAUAAUCUUAAAGCCAAUAACACAUAAAUAUAUCUCUUUCUUAAGCCCUGAUGUUAAUCAGCUUCCAGCCCAAUUACUGGCAACAAGAAACCCCAAUAGGCUCCUGCCAAUAAACAACUAACUGUCCCUAUAGACCCUCCAUUUAGCAUUACUAGUACCACAUGUACUACCAUUAUUUUAUGGUACUGUGAUGCAAACACGUGGAUGACGUGAACAGCAGCGUGUCUGAACAUGCAUUAUUUAAGCAGUACUGUAUCGGAUUUCAUGCUCUCGGUUUGUGUCGCUGUCUGCAGAUCUUGUAUGAUGUUCGCUGGCAUACCGAGCGGUGGUUCUUGCUGUUGGUUGAAGGUUGUGUUUUUUGGCAAGUCUGUGUUAAUGCGAGGGUGAGUUAAGGAGCUGCUCUUCGGUCCUAGUUGCCCGUCAUGGACAUAUGCAAUGCAGGCUAACCAAAACGACUUUAUUGGUAAGCACCAGCCUGCAAAACUCAAACUGCAUCCCAAGGGGCAGAUCAAAGGAUGGCUCUGGCUCUUCUCUGUACCUUUUUAAGGUACAAGGGGAUACGUGUCCCACAGAUUGAAACGACGCUGGCUUUAUUUCUGCAAUGAGGUGCGCCAAACAACAGGGGUUUGAAAUGUACCGUCAGGUGCGUCCAAAUGGUCAGUUUCCUCCUCGCGAUGCUUGAGUCUCUCUCCGAUGUAUUUUAAGAAGAAACAGUUUGAACAAGCGCUCAAUUCCUUGGCUACCUCAAGGGGUUAAGACACUUUGACAGACACAGUAUUUAUCUCUCUAUGGCAGGCUUUCAGAAUGGAAGAACAGCUCCUGAAUUCAGACCAAAACAUCUUCACACAACCCUAUCAAAACUAAAUACAGUAUAUGAGUAACUGCAAACAUCAUUAAGAUAAAGGGACACUUUAUAUAACCUGCUGCUCUCUGUUAAGGUCAAUCAGGAUGCACAAGGAAUUGUUUUAUAAACCAGACUGCUUGGAUUGAUUCUCCCUGGCUGCCGAUCGGAGCCUAGCAGUGCUUCAGCCUUCUCAGUUUUAAUGGCUUUGUUAGCAGAUGGGAAGCAUCCUGAUUUUUGUAUUCCAAAAAUAUUGUAUUCCAGUAUGUGUGGUGCUGUAACUGCUUUGGCAAUGCUGCUGAUGUUAGUCAUGCCAAUAAAGCACCUUUGAGUUUGAAUACUGUCUAUAGUUGAUGUGAUGCAGCCAUGUGGCUUGCAUCUGCUUGGAUCAGAGGGAAGUGGAGUCAGAUUACAAUUGGCUAUGCUGUUUAGAUAUUCUUACGUAACUAUAUAUAUAUAUAUAUAUAUAUAUAUAUAUAUGUUAUUAUAGAGAUAAAGAUUAGGUGCAAUCUAAUUUUCACCGACCCAGGGUCGUGGAGUGGAGAUCUGUAUGUAUUUAUUGCUCCCUAUACAAUAUUCUACAGGGAUUUGUGAACAAGAUUUCUCUUUUGGAAGUAUAGGGAUCUGGUCAUCUUCAAGGUGAUUGCUCACAACACAUGAAUUCCAUGAAUCUGGCCUGUCAUUUCAAUUCCAUUUCUAUAGGUCUGUGUAGGUGUGCAGCUUUGAAUGUAAUAGUGGUAUGAAAAAG